UAAUUUACAAGCCCAAUGUCCAGCCCGUCAUAUGGGAUUAGGGUUCUUAUAAAUAAGGAUAUGUGAUGUUUCUAAUUAGGGUUCUUGAACUUCUUCAUCAGAGUUUGGUCGGCACCGAGAGACACCGAGAAUCCUAGUCGCCUAGAGCAAUGUCACUUGUUGCAAACGAGGAUUUUCAGCACAUUCUGCGUGUGCAGAACACUAAUGUCGAUGGCAAGCAGAAGAUCAUGUUCGCCAUGACCUCGAUCAAGGGUAUCGGCCGCCGUUUCGCCAACAUUGUCUGUAAGAAAGCUGAUGUCGACAUGAACAAGAGGGCUGGUGAGCUUUCUGCUGCUGAGUUAGAUAGCUUGAUGGUGAUUGUGGCAAAUCCCCGCCAAUUCAAGAUCCCAGACUGGUUUCUGAAUAGGAAGAAAGAUUACAAGGACGGUAAGUUCUCUCAAGUGACGUCCAACGCCUUGGACAUGAAGCUCAGGGAUGAUCUUGAACGAUUGAAGAAGAUCAGGAACCACCGUGGUCUCCGUCACUAUUGGGGCCUUCGUGUGCGUGGUCAACACACCAAGACUACUGGUCGCAGGGGAAAGACUGUUGGUGUCUCAAAGAAGCGAUGAGAAUCUUUUUUCUGUGUCUUUAUCCUGGAUAUCUAGGCUUUCCAUCACAUAUAUAUUGCUGAGUUUGGUAUUGUUAAUGGUUUCUAUUUGAAUUUUGGAUACUGCUUCAGUUUUGUCAGCGCAUUUUGGUUAGGACGACUGUCAUUAGAAUUUGUGAUUUUGUUUACCAAUAUGCUCUAUGUUUGUGAUAAUUGGUGUUGAUUGAGCUCAGCUUCCAUUAACAAUUUCAGUUGUGAUCGUCAA